CACUUCUCUCCCUUCAUACACACGCAGCCCUAAGUCUAUUGGUGCAGGAUUUGAACUAAAGAAGCGAUGGAGCGCGGAUUAACGGAUCUUCUCCUAGAAGACGCCAUGGAGAACUCGUGAGGUUUUGUUCUGGGAGGGAAGUGAAAAACCGCCCUUAGACGCGAGCAUGGCGUCGGGGCAAGGGCUUCUCCACAGCGUCUUCUCCUCCUGCUCGUCCCCGGCUUCCAGGAGCAUCACCAAGCGGCGACUGCGCCAAACCCGGAGUUUAGACCCGGCGAUCAUCCGGAACUGCGACGCUGAGCUGGAGAGCGCCAAGCUGCCUGAGGGGCAGAGUGAAGAAGAGCCGGGGGUCGCAUCCCAAACCAAGCUCACAACGGCGACGCUCAAACGGACGCAUCAGCUGCUGUCCCUGUCCCUCUCCAGUCCCGCUACACCUUUCGAAACCUCGCCGUCAUCGAGCUUUCACUUCGACUAUGACUUUAAAAGUGGGAAGAGGAACACGGCUUGGGAUUUACCCUUCCUCGCCGCUUCAGGCGCUUCGGGCACCAUCUUCUCCCCGAGGAGGUGGCUCCAGAGGAAAGCGCAGCACACCGCGCCUCACCAGUACGUCGUCUGGAGGUCCGAGGGUGAUUUCACAUGGAAUAGCCUGUCUGGGAGGAGUGUGCAUCUCAAACCGGUGUCCAUUCAGAGCCUGUCUGAGCUGGAGAGAGCCAGACUACAGGAGGUUGCCUACAACCACCUUCAACAGGACUAUGACCUGGGCUGCCAGAUUACCAUCCCUAAAGAUUGCCAGAAGAGGAAGAAGUCACUACGGAGGAAGCUGGACUCCUUAGCCAAGGAAAAGAACAAAGACAAAGAGAACGCACCGCAGGCGUUCGGCAUCUCCUUAUCACAGGUGAUCACCAACGACCGAACCCAGCGUCAGCGACAAGAAGGUCAGAGGGAGGAGCAGAGAGACACAAGUGACCUGGUGUCCUCCAUCCUGCAGUUCGCCACACGUCGACCCACCAAGGAGCUUUCCAGCAGCAACUCAUCACUCAGCUCCACCUCGGAGACGGCAAAUGAGUCCACUUCAUGCAACACGCCCGAAGCAGCACCUCGCGCUCGCAGGAGGGGCGGCAUGUCCGUGGAUUCCAUCACGGAUUUGGACGACAACCAGUCACGUCUACUGGAGGCGCUGCAGCUGUCACUCCCUGCUGAGACAGCCAGCAAGAAGGAGAAGCAGCAGGACAAGAGACUGAGCCUGAACCCCAUCUACAGGCAGGUGCCACGUGUGCUGGACAGCUGCUGCCAGCACCUUGAGAAGUAUGGUCUACAGACGGUGGGGAUCUUUCGAGUGGGCAGCUCGAAGAAAAGAGUGAGGCAGCUGCGGGAGGAGUUUGACCAUGGCGUAGACGUGCAGCUGGAUGAGGAACACAGCGUCCAUGAUGUGGCCGCGCUUCUGAAGGAAUUCCUCCGGGACAUGGCUGACCCGCUGCUCACCAAAGAGCUCUAUACUGCAUUCAUUAACACCACAUUGCUGGACCCAGAAGAUCAGCAGUUAGUGACCCAGCUGCUUGUGUACCUGCUGCCUCCUUGUAACAGCGACACCCUGCAGCGGCUGCUAGAGUUUCUGCACAUCGUGGCUCAGCACGCUCAAAACGGAUAUGACAAGGAUGGACAGGAGGUUACAGGUAACAAGAUGACAUCAAUCAACUUGGCAACUAUCUUUGGGCCAAACCUGCUGCACAAGCAGAAGAGCUCAGAUAAAGAGUUCAGCGUACAGAGCUCGGCUCGGGCCGAGGAGUCCACAGCUGUCAUCGCUGUCGUACAGAGGAUGAUCGCCAGCUAUGAGGAGCUUUUCAUGGUGUCUGCAGACUUGCAGAACGAGGUGCUGAUGAGUUUGCUGGAGACAGAUCCUGACGUGGUGGACUACCUCUUACGACGCAAGGCCUCACAAAGUCCCAAUUUGUUAAAUUCUGAGGCGUCACUCUCCCUGAGUGAGUGCAGAUCGUCCAGCGAUUCCAACAAGGCGUCCAGUGGCGAAGUCUCUCCCUAUGACAACAACUCACCCGUGCUGUCUGAGAGGAGAGGAGGAGACCUGGUGAAAGAGAACGAAGUCCAUUCUGGACGAGUCCUCAGCACAGAGCGACUUUUCUGUGUCCCGGAGCAGUACAGCCUGGUGGGACAAGUGACAGGACACAGCAGGGACACUGGUUCAAAUAUCUGGUCCCCAACAAAGGAGGAGCAUGCCAACAUCUGGGGGGCAUGGCACACAACACUGAAGCAAGGAUUGCAAGAACAAACCUGUACAGGCUCUUGUGGCAACAUAUCAGAGGGAAGCUCCCGCAGCUCCAGAGAUGGAAUUGAUGAUCAGACUCCACCCACUGUAAGCAGAGCAGAUUUCCCAGAAGGCACCACAGUGACUCAUGCAUGCCUUAAUCUGAAUCUUAAACCCAAUGGCCAAUUGGAAUCCAUCAGCUCAGAAGACCUUCCAGUCAGCAGCAGCCACAGCAUGCCUAGUCCCACCCUUUACCCCAAACCGACCAAUAGGAAUGAGGCACGUCCUCCUCCACCACCUUACAGACACUCAAGAUUAACACCUCCAUCGUCCAGUUCUGUCAUGUCACAGUCUCAGCAGCAUCCCCAGCAGCUCGGGAAGUCUGGCAACCAGAACUCACCAGCAGGCACACUGACGCCCACAAGCCCAGAGUGGCAAGACUGGCAGAGGGACAGGUGGCACAUCUGGCAGCUGCUGUCUUCAGACAAUGCUGACACGCUACCUGAGACACUGGUGUGAUGCCAAAUUAAACAAUUCAUUGUGUUUAUAUACAGACGCCACUGCCUUGUGUGUGUUAUGUACAGACUGGUGAUGAGGCUCAGCUCCUCGUUAUGCUCUAUAGGCAGUUGUGGCAGUAAGGUGGAGCCGAGUUGCACUGUGGAAACCAAAAGAGGUGCAAGGAAGAUUCCAGGCAGCAAACCAACUGACCAUACAAUUGGUGUGGGAUCCGUUCAAUCCCCUCGUCCAAAUAAAUGAAGCCUUCCCUCACAUUUGCUUGCUCGAUCCACAUAUAAACCCACUUGCCACAGUGGUUCAGAGGCCUUUUCUCACUUCCUGUUUUUACCUCCAAUUGGGAAGCCAGCAUUACAGGCUGUAAACCAGGUACCUUAAAUUCUCAAACAAACCUAAAGCUAAACAGUCAGACCAUUAAUCAUUGAUACAGUGUCUUGCAAAAGUAUUCAUCUCCCUUGGUGUUUGUCCUGUUUUGUUGCAUUACAAGUUGGAAUUAAAAUGGAUUUUUGGGGGAUGAGCACCAUUUGAUUUACUGUACACAACAUGCCUACCACUUUAAAGGUGCAAAUUGUUGUUUUAUUGCAACACAAACAAUAAUUAAGAUGAAAAAACAAAAAUCUGGAGUGUGCAUAGGUAUUCACCCCCUUUCGUAUGAAACCCCUAAAUAAGAGCUGAGUCCAACCAGUUCACUUCAUAAGUCACAUAAUUAGUUGAUUAAGCUCCACCUGUGUGCAGUCAAAGUGUCACAUGAUCUGUCACAUGAGAUGUCUGUAUAAAUCAACCUGUUCUGGAAGGACCCUGACUCUGCAACACUACAAAGCAAGCGACAUGAAAACCAAGCAGCACUCUAAACAGUGAUCUUCCAAAAGUUGUGAAGUAUAGAUCAGGGCUGGGUUAUAAAAAUAUCCCAAACUUUGAAUAUCCCAGGGAGCACCAUUAAAUCCAUUAUAGCAAAAUGGAAAGAAUAUGCCACUACAAACUUGACAAGAGAAGGCCACCCACCAAAACUCACAGACCGGGCAAGGAGGGCAUUAAUCAGAGAUGCAACAAAGACACCAAAGAUAACACUGAAGGAGCUGCAAAGAUCCACAGCAGAGAUGGGAGUAUCUGUCCAUAGGAACACUUUAAGCUGUACACUCCACAGAGUGGGGCUUUAUGGAAGAGUGGCCAGAAAAAAAGAAAACAAUAAGAAAACAUGUUUGGAGUUUGCCCAACAGCAUGUAGCAGACUCCCCAAACACAUGGAAGAAGAUUCUCUGGUCAAAUGAGACUAAAAUUGAGCUUUUUGGCCAUCAUGGGAAAUGCCAUGUGUGGCACAAACCCAACACCCUGAGAACACCAUUCCUACAGUGAAGCAUGGUGGUGGCAGCAUCAUGCUGUAGGGAUAUUUUUCAUCUGCAGGGACAGGAAAGCUGGUCAGGACUGAAGGAAAGAUGGAUGGCACUAAAUACAGAGAAAACCUGUUUGAGUCAGCCAGAGGUUUGAGACUGGGAUGAAGGGUCACUUUCCAACAGGACAAUGACCCUAAACAUACUGCUAAAGCUACACUGGAGUGGUUUAAAGGGAAACAUUUAAAUGUCUUGGAAUGGCCUAAUCAAAGCCCAGACCUCAAUCCAAUUGAGAAUCUGUGGCAUAACUUGAAGAUUGCUGUAUACCAAUGUAACCCAUCUAACUUGAAGGAGUUGGAGCAGUUUUGCCUUGAGGAAUGGGCAAAAAUCACAGUGGCUAGAUGUGCUAAGCUAAUAGAGACAUACCCCAAGAGACUUGCAGCUGUAAUUGCAGCAAAAGGUGGCUCUACAAAGUAUUGACUUUUGGGGGGUGAAAACCUAUGCACACUCCAGAUUUCUGUUUUUUCAUCUUAAUUAUUGUUUGUGUCACAAUAAAACAACAAUUUUCACCUUUAAACUGGGAGGCAUGUUGUG